GGGGGCCGCCGCGGCCAUGGAGCGCCGCUGAUCGCCGCCUCCGCGGAGUCGCCGCCGCGGCCCGCCGGGAGACAAUGGCCCUGCGCAAAGUCUGCUCGGUGCUGGAAGGAAAUUUUGGAACGUCUGCUUGCAUUAUUGAAGCCAUCAAGGCAUCACUGCAGCGUGGAGAACUGAUUCUGAUGUGCACUGAUGUCCUCCCACGUGUUGCUAGUAACAAUCCUUGUUGUGGAAGGGAUUGCUGUUGCACAGAAGACACAAGGUGGGCAAAAUAUUGGAUUGAAUCGCAUUCCUCCUACCCAGUGUGAUAACUGGGUACGGACAAGCAAUGGAGGACACUUCGCUUCACCAAACUACCCUAACACAUACCCACCAAAUCAAGAGUGCAUCUACAUCUUGGAAGCUGCUCCACGGCAAAGAAUUGAGUUGACCUUUGAUGAACCUUAUUACAUUGAACCCUCAUUUGAAUGUCGGUUUGAUCAUCUGGAGGUUCGAGAUGGACCUUUUGGCUUCUCCCCUCUCAUCGAUCGCUACUGUGGUCUGAAAAGUCCUGCACUAAUUAGAUCAACAGGGAGAUUUAUGUGGAUCAAGUUUACUUCCGAUGAGGAGCUGGAAGGAAAGGGAUUUCAAGCAAAGUACUCAUUUAUACCAGAUCCUGACUUCACUUACCUAGGAGGUAUUUUAAAUCCCAUUCCAGACUGCCAAUUUGAGCUCUCGGGAGCUGAUGGAAUAGUACGUUCCAGUCAAGUAGAACAAGAAGAAAAAACAAAACCAGGACAAGCAGUAGAUUGCAUAUGGACAAUUAAAGCUACUCCAAAUGCUAAGAUCUAUUUACGAUUUCUGGACUAUCAAAUGGAGCAUUCGAAUGAAUGCAAAAGAAACUUUGUUGCUGUGUAUGAUGGAAGUAGUUCUAUUGAAAACCUGAAGGCGAAGUUUUGCAGCACUGUAGCAAACGAUGUCAUGCUGCAAACCGGAACUGGUGUGGUGCGAAUGUGGGCGGACGAAGGCAGCAGACUAAGCAGAUUCAGAAUGCUGUUCACUUCAUUUGUGGAUCCUCCCUGCUCAGGCAACACUUACUUCUGCCAUAGCAACAUGUGCAUCAAUAAUUCUUUAGUCUGCAAUGGCAUUCAAAACUGUGCAUACCCCUGGGAUGAAAAUCACUGCAGAGAAAAAAAAAAAUCUGGAUUGUUUGAACAAAUCACCAGAACGCACGGAACAAUCAUUGGCAUAACAUCAGGGAUAGUUUUAGUCCUUCUUAUCAUUUCAAUUCUAGUACAAGUAAAGCAACCUCGCAAAAAGGUUAUGGCUUGCAAGACUGCUUUCAAUAAAACUGGCUUCCAGGAAGUAUUUGAUCCUCCACAUUAUGAACUCUUUUCACUGAGGGACAAAGAAAUUUCUGCAGACUUGGCAGAUUUAUCAGAAGAACUUGAAAACUAUCAGAAAAUGAGACGCUCUUCAACAGCUUCCAGAUGCAUUCACGACCACCACUGUGGCUCUCAGGCCUCCAAUAUAAAACAAAGCAGGACAAACCUCAGCUCCAUGGAACUUCCCUUCCACAACGAUUUUGCACAACCUCAGCCAAUGAAAACAUUUAAUAGCACAUUCAAAAAAAGUAGUUACACUUUCAAACAAGCACAUGACUGCCCCGAGCAAGUCAUAGAAGACAGAGUGAUGGAGGAGAUUCCAUGCGAAAUCUAUGUUAGAGGAAGAGAAGAUACGGCACAAGGUUCAUUAUCUAUUGACUUUUAAUUUCCUAGUGAAGGCGGUAUCGGUGUAUAUAAAGGAUGCUUGUGUAUAAGGACAGUGUAUAUAUUAAAAGUGUAUUAUAUGCAGCGUGUGAGAUGCACACACUUUUAGCUUGUUAUACUUCAUUUAAAAAAGAAAAAAAGGCUUCAUAAACUAAUUCUUGCUGAAAAACAGCGGACUUCCUCUCAUUUUCCAAGCUACCUAUUCAGCAAAGCAAAAGAGAGACUUUGCAUGGGAAUUUGAAGUUAAGAACAUUGCAGGAAAAACAACAACCACUGCUAUCAUAUAGAUCAGCAAAAACAGUGAAUACUAUUCUCCUCUUCAUAUCAUUUUCUCUUCUUUAGAUGUCCGCUUUUCAAGAUAAUUUUAAUACCUCAGUUACAUAAAUAAAAGUAGUUAAUCGUACCAUAUGUAUGUCAACAUAGGUGUCUUAUUGUAUUUGUCAAAUUGAAAGAGUUAGAGUUAAGUGCCAGUUAAGACUCAAGAAUUACGUUACAGCCAUCUGUUUCAUCUUGCCUACCAUUUAUAUUGCCUUUAAUUAUCAGUUCCUCACUCUAGGCUUUGUGAGAAAUAGGUAUAAAGGAUUACUGCCUUUUUAAGAGAUAUUGAGGUAUAUUAAUUUGGGAGUAUGACCUUUGCAGCUCGCAGUUAAACACAAAUAAGUACUCAUGUUAUUCUAAACGCAGUCUUUCAAGAAGGCUUAGCAUUUUAAAAGAUUCUGCCAUUUGUUAUACAUCCACGUGACACCACCGAAUUCACAGCUCUGUGGUUAGAAAAUUUGUUCCUGUGUUUUCCAAGUGUUUACAUGAACACCUUACUGUACAUUUCUCUUUUAAAAUAGCCUUUCAGUCCUUAUGCAGCCAAUCUUCCCUGCUGAAAUCACUGAUGAUACUUUAGCUCGUCUCCUGCCUGACUGAAAAGAAUUGCUGAGAUCUGUGUGAUCACAAAGGAUAAGAAGAUAUUGGAAACAAGGAGAAAUCAAAGCAACUCUUAUUUACCUUUAUGGAUCCCUUCCUGUGCCCCUUGUUGCCACUUGAAAAUUUGCAUAUUUCAUAUUUUUUAAUGGUGGUUUGGACCUAAUUUUAACAUUUUUACAAUAUAGAACAGAUUUGCAAAUAUUGUAGUUCUCAUUGUGUUUUUUAGACUUUUAUAUAGUUUGAUACUGUACAGACUAUUUAUUAAAUCAAAGUCUAGCUCCUGUACAACACACUUGUUUCACUGUCCAUUUUAGCAGCUCUGAAUAACAUGCAGUGGCUGCUGUGUACCUUGCAAUUUGCCAAGCAUACGUAAUGUGACUUCUGCAUUAGCUUAUAGUUUAUUCCCUGAUUUGUUUGGGUUUAUUCUUCUGUUUUGUUCACAAUAAACCUUUUACUAAAUGUGGCCUAGCAGCUUGCACUAGGUAUGUCCUUUAUCUAUGUAUGUAUGUAAAACCAUAUUUACAGUGAAAUGUUUGUUGUGUUUACUACACUCCAAAAAUAAUACAUUAUUCCAGCAACUGAAACCUCAUGCAAAAUCUUAAGAAAUGUAAGCAAUUGAUUGGAGGUGGGUGAGCUGAUUAUUCUCAACACUUCCCGACUUCAAAAUUAAGCCUGGCAUAUAUCUAGAAAGAACAUAAUCAGAAGCUCAUCCACCAGACCUCUAAGAUUAUAUCCUGGUCUCAGCUGUUGUGCUUAUCUCACAAUAUAUUUCAAUUGGAAACAACUAAAGAGGGCAUUAUUUCUAGAUGCACUUCAUGCCAGAAGAUAAAUGUUUAGAAAAGAAUAAUAAUAAUAAAAUCUAGUGAAUUUUAACUCAACUUUUUAAAAAAUAUUUAAUUAAAAUAUUUACUGACAGAUUUAAUUUACUUCUAAUUAAUUUCAGUAAUAAAUAUCUCAUUAUUACCUACAUGGUACAGAAUGUUGUUUGCAACAGACUUCAUUCCCCAUUCUUAAAACAAGAAAUGAUCCAGGUAAAACUGGUAUUUAUGUUCAUAUUACUCUAGUAGUGCUAGGUUUGCAUGAUAAAGUUUCCUUUUUAAGGCAUAUUUGUCCAUGUGAUAAAAUGUUGUGGUCCAUAUUCUCUCCUAAGUUACAUUAUCUUUGAAUAGUUACCUUGUAAUAAUAAAAUAAAAUUUAAAUAAAUAGUUUUAAAAAUCCA